CAUGCACUACCGGAAACAGAAAAGGAGGUGAAGAAGAAGACUUAACGCUCCAGAAAGGAUACUUGCGAAACAAGCUAGCUGAUGCUGGACACAAAACUUUGGACAUUUUCAUGUUCUGUGUUGUGUGUCAGUAAUAGUGGUAAUCAUUUUGGCUGUGUGUAGUAAAUCAAGAAGAGGAAAUUUAUCUCCUCUAUCGUGAAGAAAUGAGUUCGGUCAGACAGGAAGGUAAAGACCAAAUCAUCUUUGUCACCAAAGAGGAUCAUGAAACACCCAGCAGUGCUGAGCUCAUAGAGGAAGAUCCUAAUGACCCGUAUGAGGAGCGAGGUCUGAUUCUGCCCAGUGGGGAGAUCAACUGGAGCUGUCCCUGCCUGGGUGGGAUGGCCAGUGGUCCCUGUGGGACUGAAUUUAAGGAUGCCUUCUCCUGUUUCCACUAUAGUAAGGAGGAGGUGAAGGGCUCUGAGUGCCUGGAGCAGUUCAGGGCCAUGCAGGAGUGUAUGCAGCGUUACCCGGAGCUUUAUCCUCAAGAAGAUGAGAAGACACCGCAAGAACAAUCAUCAGAAACAGACCAGACCUCACAAGACUCUGCAUUUGCAGAAGCUUCAGGUGCAAACUCAGCAUCUGCCACUGAGCAAGACACUAAUAGCACACAACCCAACACAAAGAGCUCAGAGGAAAGCUAGUGAUGAACCUUAGUAGCAACAUAAGCCAACAGACAUUUAAGUCCGAUGAAGUCGUAUUUUAUCAUUGUUUAUUGCAGCCACAAAUUACAUCAGCAUGUUUUUAAAAUCAGUAAGUUUUAUAUAUUAUUUUAAAAAAGGAAGAAAAAGUUUUUUUUGCAGAGAUAUCAGAAAGUGAUCACAAAGUAAACUUGUGCCGUAACUUACAGGUCAUUCCCAUAUAAUAUGUUGGACACAGUGGUAUUGAAGUAAAGACCACACCAGCAUCUGAACUGACUUAAGUCAUAUUUGCAGGUACUGUACAUGCUGUUAAAUGUGCUGAAGCCUACCAGCUAAUUAGCUAUCCAGUCUGCAAAAUUGAUAUUAGCACACACUCUUUCUCUGGGAAUGUUGUUUGGUCGCUCGUUCAGUAAGCUAAGGUGCAGUACAUGAUGCGUGUUCCUAUUGUAACUUAGAUCCGAAGAGAACUUCAGCAGGAAAGCUAAUGGGGUUUGUUAAAAAUCUGUGUGUGCUGCUUUAUGCAAAUAUGGUCCAAAACAGUGCAAUUUUGUUUGGCUCUGUGGAAACAAGUUCUUUAUCAACAUUUCAGUUUCAGAUGUGUCCUCAUGUGGUUUACAAAAAAAGAUGACUUUUAAUUUCACUUCGACUUUAAACAUUCGAUUAUGAAUAAGAUGGACUUGUACAUAAAAAAAAGGUAAUUUAAUAUGAUCAAUGGAAAGGUCUAUAUACUGCAUUCAGAGUUAUUCACACGUGGCUUUGGGUUCUUGCAAAAUAAAAUUAAAGAAUCUUCCUUAGAGGACCAAGCUUAUUAUACACUCAGAGGUGUAUAAUGCACAUUUCAUUAUUUCCUUUAUCAUAAGAUAUAAAGUUCAACCUGCUGUAGCAUAUGCUCUGGAACUGUAAAAUUACAGUAAAAACAUGUUUUGCGCUCAUACAUUUUUCAUUUCUUUCAUAUCUAUGCAAUUUCCUUAUAAUGUGCAGAAUAUUUCAUUUCACACAUUAUGCAAACUUUAUAUUUAUAAUAAACUCAAAAGUUUAUAUCAGUAAUGCUACUGAUGAAGUUGCUAAAUUCACAGAGGUGUGAAGAACGUAAUGAAGAACAACUUUCUACUGUGGGACUGCAUUUCUUUUGCUAAUUUAUAACUAGACGUAAACCUUUUACCUCAGUUGAAAUUAAUGCAACCGUUUGUGUGCAACACAGGACUGACUGGAGUGACUUGAAGUGAAAAUUGUUGAAGGUUUUAUAAUAAAAUGUAACAUACCUCU